AGAACUCUCUCGUUUCAGUCUUCUUCUUCCUCAUCUCUGUUCUUAAAUUUUCACCAUUGUCGCUAUCUCCAAUAUGCAAACAAACAAUUCAAUCAACGAAGCUCUCUUCAUACCUAAACCCAAUCCAAUUCAAUGGCGGAAGAAGCAAAAUCCAAAGGAAACGCCGCCUUUUCCUCCGGCGAUUACGCCACCGCGAUAACCCAUUUCACAGAAGCGAUUAACCUCGCUCCGACGAAUCACGUCCUCUACUCAAACCGAUCUGCCUCCUACGCUUCUCUCCACCGUUACGAAGAAGCUUUAUCAGACGCGAAGAAGACUGUGGAGCUUAAACCCGAUUGGUCUAAAGGUUAUAGUCGAUUAGGCGCGGCGUAUAUCGGAUUAUCUAAGUUUAACGACGCCGCUGAUGCGUAUAAGAGAGGUUUAGAGAUUGAUCCGAGUAACGAGACGCUUAAAUCGGGUUUAGCUGAUGCGACGAGAUCUCGCGGUGCGAAGUCGAAUCCUUUUGUUGAUGCGUUUCAUGGACCGGAGAUGUGGGCGAAAUUGACGGCGGAUCCGGGGACUAGGGUUUAUUUGCAGCAGCCUGAUUUUGUUAAGACGAUGCAAGAGAUUCAGAAGAACCCUAAUAAUCUUAAUUUGUAUAUGAAGGAUAAGAGGGUUAUGCAGGCUUUAGGGGUUUUGUUGAAUGUUAAGAUGAGUAGUGGUGAAGAUACGGAGAUGAAGGAGGCUGAUGAUUCGAAUGCGUCAGUGAGGAAAGAGCCUGAACCAGAGCCUGAGCCAGAACCGGAACCUAUGGAGGAGUUGAGUGAGGAGGAGAGGGAGAAGAAGGAGAGGAAGGAGAAGGCGUUGAAGGAGAAAGAACAAGGGAAUGCUGCUUACAAGAAGAAGGAUUUUGAGAGAGCUAUUGAAUGUUAUACUCAGGCGAUGGAGCUUGAUGAUGAGGAUAUUUCGUAUUUGACAAAUCGUGCUGCUGUUUAUCUUGAGAUGGGGAAGUACGAUGAGUGCAUUGGAGACUGUGACAAGGCUGUUGAAAGAGGCAGAGAGCUUCGUUCUGACUAUAAGAUGAUAGCAAGAGCUCUAACUAGGAAAGGAUCUGCACUGGUAAAAAUGGCAAAAUGCUCGAAAGACUUCGAACCUGCAAUUGAGACUUUCCAGAAAGCUCUAACAGAGCAUCGUAAUCCGGAUACCUUGAAAAAACUUAACGAUGCUGAGAAAGCUAAGAAAGAGAUGGAGCAACAGGAGUACUUUGAUCCUAAGAUAGCUGAAGAGGAGCGUGAGAAAGGUAAUGGAUUCUUUAAAGAGCAGAAAUAUCCAGAGGCAGUGAAGCAUUAUUCAGAAGCAAUUAAAAGAAACCCGAAUGACGUGAGGGCAUACAGCAAUAGAGCUGCUUGUUACACAAAGCUAGGAGCAUUACCAGAAGGAUUAAAAGAUGCUGAAAAAUGCAUUGAGCUAGACCCGAGUUUCACCAAAGGAUACAGCAGGAAAGGAGCUAUUCAGUUUUUCAUGAAGGAAUACGAUAAAGCCAUGGAGACAUAUCAAGAAGGUCUGAAACAUGAUGCUAAGAACCAAGAGUUGCUUGAUGGUGUUAAAAGGUGUGUGGAACAGAUAAACAAAGCAAACCGCGGUGAUCUGACUCCAGAAGAAUUGAAGGAGAGACAAGCCAAGGCAAUGCAAGAUCCAGAAGUCCAGAACAUAUUGUCGGAUCCAGUGAUGAGACAGGUAUUGGUGGAUUUCCAAGAGAACCCGAAAGCUGCACAGGAACAUACGAAGAACCCAAUGGUAAUGAACAAGAUUCAGAAGCUGGUUAGCGCUGGUAUUGUUCAGGUCCGGUAAAUCGAUAAACCGUAGUCGGUUUGGUUUGGUGAGUUCUUGGGAAAUGAAUCAAGAAUCUAUGUGUCUCUUACUUCUCCUGAUUUUGUAAGCUACUUUUUUCGGAUUGUUACAAGAGAAUCUUCUUUAGCUCUGUGUUAAAGUUGAUAGUAGUAUUAAACUUUAUCGACUCCUCUAAUCUAUAAAGUCAAAUCAGUCAGGCCU